AUGGCGGGUCUAUUCGAUGCUGACAUAAUGUCUGGAUCUAAUGGUUAUAUGGUCCCGGUAGCGAUAGUUGUGUCUAUAUCCGUAUUUACAGUACUCUUUAUAAUUCGAAAGUUGUCUAGUACAGCAGCCGUAAAGGAGAGUGAAAGUGAGGCAACUUCUACGAUGAGUACCGAACAACCGGUGGUAGCUGCAUCCGAAGUGCCCACCCCAACUACUACUGUCACGCAAGCUUCGCCUCAGGUGAAGUCUAAAGCACAACAGCACCGGCAGCGCACAUCUAUGGCAUUAGAUGACAUCCCUGUCCAUGACAAAAAGUAA